GGACACAUUUUUACUCCCUCUCUAUUCGUUUGAAAUAAACCUAACCUAAAAUUUGCAUUUCACUUUCUAGCCAUCUUAAUUUUUCAUAGUUUUCUUCCCUUUUUUUAGUGAAAAUAGAUUAAAUCAAAUUAUUCCAAAAUGUUGAUUAAAGUUAAGACUCUCACCGGAAAAGAGAUUGAAAUCGACAUUGAACCUACUGAUAAAGUUGAGAGAAUAAAAGAAAGAGUUGAAGAAAAAGAGGGGAUUCCUCCGCAACAACAAAGAUUAAUAUUCUCUGGGAAACAGAUGAAUGAUGAAAAGACUGCCCAAGAUUACAAAGUACAAGGUGGCUCCGUUUUGCAUUUAGUUUUAGCAUUACGAGGAGGCUUGUAAAUAUGACAUUCCUCGGUUAUGAUUGAGAAUGCGUGAAUUAUUCAAAUGGAGAGACGAAUUAUAGGACACGUUUAUUAUAACAAUUAAUACAACACGUCUGCUAGGUAAUAAAUCUGUAUUUAUAUAUAAACGACUCCACAAAUUUGUCCGUUCUCGACGUAUAUUUAAUUUAAUUUAAUAUCAAUGCUCGUAAUUUUCGAACGAUUUUCCGUUUUUCUUUGUAAACAUUUUUUUUUUUCUUAUAUGCUUAGCUAAUCUUAAAUUAAGUAUAACAAAUUGAGUAUUUUCAUGAUGUUACUUAAAUAAAUUGAAUCUUAUCUGAUUCUUUAAAAUUUUAA